AAAGCGGAUGGUAACGAUACUGAAGCGACGAGUCUGUUGGAAACGAAUUUCACGAUCGAUGACAUACCCAUGGCUGUGGUGAACGUCGUUGAUGAGGACGGAAUCACGGAUUUACAUCAAUUUCAACGAACUUGUGCAGAUGAUACGGACAUGACAUUUGUUCGUAGGCGUCAAGCGUUCUUCGAAGGCACUCCAAGUGCUAUUGCAAUGGUUUGUUGCUCGAAUCUGAAUAAUUUGACCUUUUAUCGAGUGUCACCUUCAACAAACAAAUUCAUUUCACAAUAG